AUGAGAUUGCAUGGUAUUCCUAUAAGCAUUGUGUCUGAUCGAGAUUCGAGGUUUGUUUCUCGUUUUUGGCAGAAAUUUCAAGAAACAUUGGGAACCAAGUUGAAGUUUAGUACUGCUUAUCAUCCCCAAACAGAUGGACAGUCAGAAAGAACAAUUCAGACUUUAGAGGAUAUGUUGAGAUCAUGUAUAUUGGAUUUUGGAGCAUUGUAUGGGAGGAGGUGUCGAUCUUCGAUUCGUUGGGAUGAAGUAGGAGAAAGAAAGAUUUUAGAUCCAACGGUUAUACCUUGGAUGGAAGAAGCUCAUGAGAAAGUGAAACUAAUUAGGGAAAGGCUUCAAACUGCCAAGAGUCGGCAAAAGAGCUACGCCGACACAAGAAGGAAAGAUCUGGAAUUUGAAAUAGGAGACAAAGUGUUCCUAAGAGUUAAACCCAUGAAGGGCGGAGUAAAGUCCAAAAAGGGUAAAAAGUUAAAGCCGAGGUAUAUUGGACCUUUUGAAAUUUUGAAACGAAUCGGAAAGAUGGCGUAUCAACUGCAAUUGCCUCCGAGUAUGGCCAAGAUUCACAAUGUAUUUCAUGUUUUUAUGCUCAAGAGAUAUCACCCCGAUCUAAGCCACGUGUUGCAAUUGGAAGGAAUUGAAGUGGAUGAAUCAUUAACUUAUGAGGAAGGACCAGUUAAGAUUCUGGAAAGAGAAGUGAAGGAAUUGCGAAAUAAGAAAAUUCCCUUGAGUGAGAGGGGGAUCUGUAGUGCCGGACGCACUACCAGAUUAAGGGAUGAAGACAUUGAGAUUGUCGAGCCUUCCAUCACGAAAUCACCCAAAAAAGGAACUAAGGCAAGUGGUGGAAAAAAGACACGGCCUGCCAAAAAGAAAUGGACUGCUGAAAUUGAGAAACUGCAAACCACUGAGCCCUCUGUUGAGCAAACUGAGGAACAACAGACUGCUGAGCAAAAUGCUGAGGAACAGCAAAUUGUUGAACCUUCCACCAGGAGAUCAACAAGAUCAAGGACCGGUGUACAGACUCGUGUACCAACCGCUCAACGCAGUGAAAAGAAGAAACGGCCUGCCAGAAAGCAACUUGAGGCUCAACCUGAUGAACAACCUACUCCAUUACCCAAAUUCAUUGAUGAUGAUGCCAGGGAGAGGUUUGAAUGGAUUUCACUGAAAGGCUUCAUCACUCAGAGGACCAUUGUUUCUUAUGAAUUCCGUAAGCUUGACCUUGAACCAGUUAUUAAGCUUUUUGAAUUCCAAAAAUGA